UAUUCUGAGUACACGCUCAUAGACACAAAUAGCUGGAAUAAGUAAAUGAAGUCUGAGAGAAUAGUCAGAUUAACUGAUGACUGAAAUAUUAGUGCAGAUGGCGUUAUUUUGCUAAGUGCAGAGAUGUAUUAUAGGUAUGAAUGUGUAGGGUUCUAUCAGAAGGGGAACCUAAGGAAACAUACACUAACUCACACAGGAGAGAAACCAUUUAGCUGUGAUGACUGUGGGAAAAGAUUCAAUCUCAAGGAACACUUAACCAUACACAUGGUGACUCAUACAGGAGAGAAACCAUUUAGCUGUGAUGACUGUGGGAAAAGCUUCAGUCACAAGGGGUCCCUAAAUAAGCAUACACUAACUCACACAGGAGAGAAACCAUUUAGCUGUGGUGACUGUGGGAAAAGCUUCAGUCACAAGGGGUCCCUAAAUAAGCAUACACUGACUCACACAGGAGAGAAACCAUUUAGCUGUGAUGACUGUGGGAAAAGCUUCAGUCACAAGGGGUCCCUAAAGAAGCAUACACUGACUCACACAGGAGAGAAACCGUUUAGCUGUGGUGACUGUGGGAAAAGCUUCAGUCACAAGGGGUCCCUAAAGAAGCAUACACUAACUCACACAGGAGAGAAACCAUUUAGCUGUGGUGACUGUUGGAAAAGCUUCUAUCAGAAGGGGAACCUAAAGAAGCAUACACUAACUCACACAGGAGAGAAACCUUUUAGCUGUGAUGACUGUGGGAAAAGAUUCAAUCAGAAGUCUAGUUUACUGACGCAUGUGAAAAAAAUCCACAAAGGAGGAAAACAGGAUGAAAACUGA